AUGCCAGCCCAACCCUUUGCCCUUCUGGAACCUCGUUGGGCGAAUCCUGGAGAAGGUUGGUUCCGUGCCGCUUAUAAAUGGGACAGAGACAAGAUCUACAAAUGGAUGAGGGAGACUGCUGACGCAGUUCGAGCCCAGCCCGGAAAUCAAGAACUGGGUACUCUCCUUGUGGAUAUUCACAAUCGCGUGACCCUCCUUUCGCUCGAGAAUGGCAGUCUGUACAAGGACGUAACAAAGCAACCAUCAUCGCAUAUUGCACGACUGAUGGACAGUAGCUGGAACCAGGAUGUUCCAACAUCAUGUCCCAUGCCGCAAUGGUGGUGCCCCUACGAUCUCCUUGGGCUUUUCCUUAGCCUCCUGGGUCCAGCGCCGGCCGCUGCUGACAAAAACAACUUCUACCUCCCUCUCACAGCUGUCUACGGGCGCUGGUGCUCACGUAUCGCGGGCGAGGCAGAUCCAGGUUGGAAGUGGGAUCCAUGGCCAAGUAUUCAAGGAGAGGGUGAAUUGCCGUAUGUAUUCCAAUGUACAUGGUAUCUCGAAACGGACCCCAGCACCAAGCAGCAUUGGGGGCAGUACUUCCUAGGGGCGUCCAACGCCGGAGACAAGUUUGAGGAGAACCCCACAUAUACCGGAGCUUGGAGGGAGAGAGCACAGGAGGCCCGUUUUGAUAUGCUAUUCAGAUGUCAGAAAGUGCCCAUGGUUCAGGCCAACGACUUCAGAGACAAGACGGCUCCCAACAUGAAUCCUGACAAUGCCGGGCGCAACAUGGUCCCGUAUGGAAACUGCGCCGAAACGUAUCCAUUUGCGAUCAGAUUCCUACCAGAUACAACUAAGAACGGAACUUCAAUGACAGGCCUUGCGCUCAAAAGUAAAUUCAUGCACAAGGCGGAGUAUCCCGACUAUGAAGAAUGGGGUAGCAGUGAUGUUUGGAAAAACUUGAUGCCCCCUUGCGCUAAUUGCAAGGAGCUUCUUAAAAGGGCCGGGGCGAAGGAGUCACUGUUUGCACCAAAUUUAGAUAAGGACAAGGCUCCAAAACGACCAAAGUCAAUGAUGGAAAGUGAAGAACUGUUUGUCGAGAAUGGGGCUUUGGAAAGAGAGUUGAGUCAGGCAGUUUUAGCAGUGCCGUAA